UAAAUAAAAAACACAAUUAACCACCAGCCAGGUAUCACUGAAUCUAGCAUUACGGGUAACGUGGCAAAAUCACGGUCUUUCACCUGCGGUAGGAUUAAAUCUCAGCCGUGAACUUCCCUCCCCGCCGGAGCUCCACCUCCGAUCCAAGAUUCCCUUCUCCCAAGGGCCAAUGAACCCUUCCUCACGAUGAUUCAGUUUUGGUACUCUCUCUGACCUGAACAGAAAGGAAGCUUAACCCUCGGCAAUGGAGGGAGCCGGAGCAAUGGAGUGGGGCCCGCUUGCCUGGAGCCUGCUCUCGAGGGUGCGGCAGCAGUCGCCGUUGGUUCAGUGCAUCACCAACUUCGUGUCCAUGGAUCUGAUGGCUAACGUCCUCCUCUCCGCCGGCGCGUCGCCGGCGAUGAUCCACUCCCUGGAGGAGCUCCCCGAGUUCACUCCCAACGCCCACGCCCUGUGCAUCAACGUUGGCACCCUCACCUCCCACUGGCUCCCGGCCAUGAAGGCCGCGGCCAGCCUUGCGGUCCAGCAUGGGAAGCCUUGGGUCCUCGACCCGGUCGCUGCCGGCGCCUCCAGUUUCCGCCUGAAGGCCUGCACGGAGCUCGUCGAUCUUAGGCCGACCGUUAUCAGAGGAAACGGGUCCGAGAUCAUGGCGCUCGCCGACGCUACUGUCGGCACCGCCAAGGGAGUGGACAGCGCUCACAACUCGAUGGAUGCAGUAGAAGCAGCUAAGUCCUUGGCUCUAUCAAGCGGAGCUGUUGUUGCUGUAACUGGGGCUGUUGAUAUCAUCACGGAUGGCCACAGAGUCGCAGGGGCGGCCAAUGGAGUGGCGUUGUUGCAGAAGAUAACAGCCACUGGGUGUUCGGUCACUGCAUUGAUUGCAGCUUUUGUUGCAGUCGACCCGACACAUGCCUUUGAAGCAACAGCUUCGGCACUAUCCAUAUUUGGUGUUGCUGCAGAGAUGGGGAUAGAGAUGGCAAAGGGUCCAGCUUCGUUGCGCGUCCACUUGAUAGAUUCUUUGUAUGGGAUUGAUGAGGCUUCGGUAUUGUCUCGGGUGAAGAUCACGCACAUGAAAUGAUUUGGAAGAUCUCAUUAGGGGUAAAAGCUUAGCCAAUUCUUUAAGAGAAAGUGCUACCAAAUAGUUCUGCGAUCUCCUUCCUUUUGUGUCUCUUGGGGAAGUGUUCUCGGAGGGGUCUGCUAAGUGAACUUGUAAGCGGCUACUGAUAAAAUCAUUUAUAUCAGAGCUCAGCUCGUCUGCCAAGCAUAAAGUCUGUUUGGUCGCCAACGCUCUGGUUUGCUGUACCGGGAAAGAUACUAAUUAGAUCAUGCUCUGGUUCUCAUUUUAUGAU